AUGCAAAGCUGUAUUACCGAUGUUACAUGCAUGCUCUCGGAUAUCCUUGAGACCAGGGACUCAAUGCUCACCAUCACAAUACGGAAGCAUCUACAUGAGAAGGUGAGACCAGUUUUUUUCAUGCUUCACAGGCUAGAAAGUGUUUCAGAUCAAAUCUUUAAUCAGAAACAAGAGGGAGAAGGUGUGUCUGGUGUGUCAAGAAAAGAAGAUCCCAAAGCUCCAGUUAAACUUGUUGCUCCAGUAAACCUGUUGUCAAGCAAGAACCUAAGGGCAAGGAAAAAUUGUUCAGUGAAGAGCCCAUCGUAG